CGAGUAAUUAGUGGAGAUUAUAAAAAUUAAAGCAGCGCCCUUUUGUCCUAGUGGAUUUAAUCAAAGUUUCAAGUCCGUCUGCGUGCUUUUCUUCUAGAGAGAGAAAUUAGAGAGAAAGAGACCGGGUGGUGAAGCUAAGGAUCUGUCACAGAGAAAGAUGGCGAGUAUGUGUCAAAUGAACUGAUCUUGGUUUCCAUUUUCCUGAUCGGUGAAGAGCUAAAGAUUGAGGGUGGAACAACGAAUGUUUCAGCAGUGCUUGUGGUAUAAAGUUGUGCAGGUGUGUUAUGGUUUGCAGUCAUCCAUCAACUGAAGUGUAAAAUUCUUUAAUGCAGCCAUAUUAAAGGAUUUAUUCAGUUAGGGCUACAAAAGUAUUGGAUCAAAUGUCUUUCCGUAGUAUAGUUCGUGACAUGAGGGAUGGGUUUGGGAGUUUAUCAAGGCGGAGUUUUGAUCUGAGGCUGUCAGGCCAUCACAGAGGGAAAUCUCAUGGUUCAGUAAGCGAGUUGCAUGAUCAGCAUGUGGUAAUCCAGAACAGUCGUUGGGCUAGCCUCCCACCCGAGCUACUACUUGAUGUGAUCAAGAGAUUGGAGGCAAGUGAGAGUACUUGGCCUGCUCGGAAGCAUGUUGUUGCCUGUGCUGCCGUGUGCAGGUCAUGGAGGGAAAUGUGUAAAGAAAUAGUCACAAGUCCUGAAUUAUCAGGGAGGAUUACCUUUCCAGUUUCCCUGAAGCAGCCAGGGCCCAGGGAUGGAACAAUUCAGUGCUUUAUUAAGAGGGACAAGUCAAACUUAACUUACCAUCUUUUCCUUUGCCUCAGCCCUGCUUUGCUUGUUGAAAAUGGGAAGUUUCUAUUGUCUGCAAAACGCACCCGGAGAACUACUUGCACUGAGUAUGUAAUCUCAAUGCAUGCAGAUAACAUAUCAAGAUCAAGCAGCACUUAUAUUGGAAAACUGAGGUCAAAUUUUCUAGGUACCAAAUUCAUAAUUUAUGAUACGCAACCCCCUUACAACAAUGCUCAACUUUCCCCACCUGGCCGGAGUAGAAGAUUCUAUUCCAAAAAGGUAUCUCCGAAGGUCCCCACUGGAAGCUACAACAUUGCUCAGGUUACAUAUGAGCUGAAUGUGUUGGGCACGAGGGGUCCUCGUAGAAUGCACUGCACAAUGCACUCAAUCCCUGCCUCAUCCCUUGAGCCAGGUGGUUUUGUCCCAGGCCAACCUGAGCUCCUGCCAAGGUCCCUUGAAGACUCAUUUAGGAGCAUUUCCUUCUCGAAAUCAAUUGAUAAUUCAAUUGAGUUUAGCAGCUCCCGUUUCUCGGACCUUGUUGGACCUCGAGAUGAGGAAGAUGAAGGAAAGGAAAGACCAUUGGUUCUUCGGAACAAGGCACCCAGAUGGCACGAGCAGUUACAAUGUUGGUGCCUCAAUUUUCGUGGAAGAGUGACUGUUGCCUCCGUCAAAAAUUUUCAACUGAUUGCAGCAACGCAGCCUGCCGCGGGUGCACCAACACCGUCGCAGCCAGCCCAGUCUGAUCAUGACAAGAUAAUUCUGCAGUUUGGUAAGGUAGGCAAGGACAUGUUUACCAUGGAUUAUCGGUAUCCAUUGUCUGCUUUUCAGGCAUUUGCUAUUUGCUUGAGCAGCUUUGACACUAAACUGGCUUGUGAAUAGAAGGAAAAGAGCUACAUUUAGUUAAAGCCUUUUCUAUUCAAGGGUUUAGUAGGAUUGGGGGGAUUGUUGUAUGCAGUCACUGUACAACUUACUGUCAACUGGAAAGUGCAAGAACAUCUUCAGUGCACAUUGGAGGACUCUUUCGUGUUCUCACCCUUUUUAUCUUCAUUUUCCUUGCAUUAGUUUGCUUGAACGGUUCAUUGUGUUCUUAUCUGCAUCUGUUAAAUUUUAACUUUGUACCUCUUACAAGAAAAGGGUAAAAAGAUUAGUAAGUGGAAAGUGUAAUUGACAUCAUCUUCAAACAAUUUGAUUCCAA